CAUAUUUUCAGUUUGCAUAUUAAACAGUUUGUACAUAAAAAUAUUUUACAUUGAUGGGAAGAGGUGGAGGUAGGGAGUUGGGGGAAGUCCUGUCCUGUAGGCGGACCCUCAGAAGAGAGGGGUGUGUGUGAGAUCUGUGUGUAUUACAGCUAUAGUUCUGCUCAGUAACAAGCAUUUAUUCAGACACAGGCAGUAUCAGACAAGCAGGAUGGUGCAGGUGGACCUGCUGUGGAUCACUGCUGCUCUUCUGUCUUCACCACUGCUCACACUGUGUGACCCACUCAACGUUCUGUCUGCUCCGAACAUGCUGAGGGUGGGCAGCCGAGAGAACGUUUUCGUGGAGGCUCAGGAUUACGCUGGAAGUGCGCUAAAUGUGAGGAUCGUUGUGAGGAAUCAUCCACAGAAAAACAGAGAGCUGGCAUCUGAAUCGGUGGUCCUCAGCGCUGCAAACAACUACCAGGCACUUGUAGCCAUAAAGAUUCCUGAAAACAAGGAUGUCUUCAGCGAUGACCCCUUAGAGAAGCAGUAUGUUUACCUGCAGGCCCGCUUUCCCUCUGCUGUGCUGGAGAAGGUGGUCAUGGUCUCCUUCCAGUCAGGCUACAUAUUCAUCCAGACAGACAAGAGCAUCUACACACCCAGCAGUGCAGUUAAAUACAGGGUCUUCUCAGUGACUCCUGAUCUGCAGCCGCUUGACCAGAGUGCAAUCUCUGUUGAAAUCAUGAAUCCUCAAGGAAUCACAAUUCAUAGUGACACGCUCUCCUCUAAACAAGGGAUUCUGACUGGGAAGUUUGAUAUCCCUGAACUUGCCAGCUCUGGGAUAUGGACUGUAGCAGCACGACACAAGAACAUCCCUCAGAAGAACUUCACCGCUGAGUUCGAAGUGAAAGAAUAUGUGCUGCCAACCUUUGAGGUCACCUUAACACCAUCAAGGUCUUUCUUCUAUGUUGAUGAUGAUCGCCUUCAAGUGGACAUCACUGCCAAGUAUCUGUUCGGGAACAAAGUGGAAGGAAAUGCAUUCGUGGUGUUUGGUGUGAUGCAAGGUGACAGCAAGACCAGCCUGCCAGCCUCUUUAAGAAGAGUGACGAUCUCGGAUGGAGCAGGACAUGCAACGCUGACUAAAGAGAUGAUCCAGAAGACUUUUCCAGACAUCAACCAGCUUGUGGGAAGCUCUUUGUAUAUUUCAGUCAGUGUUUUAACAGAAACUGGUAGUGAAAUGGUGGAAGCCCAGAGGAGGAGAAUUCAGAUUGUGACAUCACCGUAUACCAUCCACUUCAAAAGAACACCUAAAUUUUUCAAACCUGGAAUGCCCUUUGAUGUGACGGUUUAUGUGACCAAUCCAGACCAUACACCUGCUGGAAAUGUUGAGGUUGUGGUCAGUCCUGGAGGUGGGCGGGGUCACACCAAGGCCAAUGGCCAGGCGAAGGUCACACUCAACACUCGAGCAGGAAUCAAGAAUCUUCAAAUUAUGGUGAAAACCAAUGACCCAACCAUAUCAAAGAACAGACAGGAUGCGAAGCAAAUGACUGCCCAAGCCUACACUACUAAAGGAGGCUCCAGCAAUUACCUUCACAUUGGCAUUGGCGCUGAAGAACUGAAAGUUGGUGAUAAUAUGAAAAUGAAUCUAAACUUCAUUAGAAGGUCUGGUGUCCAAAAUCAAGAUUUUACUUACCUGAUACUUAGUAAAGGACAGAUUGUCAGCGCAAACAGGUUUAAGAGGCAAGGACAGUCCCUAGUGACUCUACCUGUAUUUAUCACCAAGGACUUGCUUCCUUCCUUCCGUGUGGUGGCAUAUUACCACAUGGGAUCUUCUGAGGUCGUGGCUGACUCGGUUUGGGUUGAUCUAAAGGACACUUGUAUGGGAACGCUGCAAGUGAAGUUAAAGGAACCUAAGGCAUCAUAUGACACUGGGGAGCGGUUUGAUCUCAGAAUUACUGGAGAUCCUGGUGCCAAAGUUGGUCUUGUUGCUGUGGACAAGGGCGUCUUUGUCCUCAACAAGAACAGACUCACACAGGACAAAAUCUGGGACCUCAUUGAGAAGCAUGACACUGGCUGUACAGCGGGCAGUGGUAAAGACAGUAUGGGGGUUUUCUAUGAUGCUGGUCUGCUGUUUGAGUCCGACAAAGCAGGAGGCACCGACUCUAGAACAACAACUGACUGCCCCACACAACCAAAUAGGAAACAGAGAGCUGCAACUGUUCUACAAAUCACCAACACACUGACUGGAAAAUACAGUGGUGAUCAAAAGAAAUGUUGCUCAGAUGGACUGAAGAAGAAUCGGCUGGGCUACACAUGUGAACGGAGAGCUACGUUCAUCACCGAUGGUGCAGAAUGUGUCAAAGCCUUCUUGCACUGCUGCAAGGAGAUGGUGGCACUCAGACUGGAGAAUGCCGAGGAGGAAAUGCUGCUGGCUCGCAGUGAAGAAGAAAAUUAUGAUGACAACUUUGAUGACAUUACCUCACGUACACAGUUCCCUGAGAGCUGGCUGUGGGUGGACAAGGUGCUGCCAAACUGCCAAGGAGGCCAAUGUGUUACAACAACCCUCAACAUGGACAAUUACCAUUUAAAAGACUCCAUCACUACCUGGCAGAUCCUAGCUAUCAGCCUGUCUAAGACCCAUGGUAUCUGUGUGGCUGAUCCUUUGGAAAUUAUUGUUAAAAAGAAUUUCUUUGUGGACCUGAAGUUGCCCUACUCAGCAGUGCGCAAUGAGCAAUUAGAAAUCAAGGCCAUUCUGCACAAUUUCUCCAAUAAGAACCAGAAGGUGCGUGUGGAAUUUACAGAGACGAAACAUAUUUGCAGUGCCGCCAGCAAGAAGGGCAGGUAUCGUACCACAGUUAAUGUCGACGCACAGUCCUCCAGAUCCAUCUUAUACAUUAUUAUUCCCAUGGAGCUGGGCAACCACUGGAUUGAGGUGAAGGCUGCAGUCCUUGGUUUAGGAGGCAGUGACGGAGUAAGGAAGGCCUUGAAGGUGGUGUCUGAAGGUGUGUUAACUACAAUUGAAGAGAAGAAUGUGGAGCUCAACCCCUCUAAAUUUGCUGGUGGCGUGCAAGUCGUGCGUGUGAGGAGUGACAUACCAGGAGGGCAGGUUCCAAACACUCCUGCAAAUACAUACAUCACUGUGUCUGGUCAGGAGGUGAGUCAGACAAUUGAACAGGCCAUCAGUGGAGACUUCAUGGGCCGUCUGAUUGUGCAGCCUCAUGGCUGUGGAGAACAGAACAUGAUCCACAUGACAUUGCCCCUCAUUGCCACACACUACCUGGACACCACAAAGCAGUGGGAGGGAGUGGGCAUCCAUCGCCGUGCUGAAGCGAUCAAACACAUCCAGACAGGUUAUAAAAUACAGCUGACUUUCCGUAAAGAGGAUGGAUCCUAUGGCACUUGGAUACACACACCGAGCAGCACAUGGCUGACAGCGUACGUGGCCAAAGUCUUUGCCAUGGCCAGUGGCCUCAUUCCCAUUCAGGAGAAUGUUCUCUGCAGUGCUAUUAAGUGGCUGGUUCUGAAGACACAGAUGCCAGAUGGCAUGUUUAAAGAAAGCGCACCUGUGUAUCAUGGGGAGAUGGUCGGAGAUGUGCAAGGAAAGGAUGCAGACGCAUCUCUGACAGCAUUCGUUCUGAUUGCCAUGCAAGAAGGAAAUGAACUUUGUGCCAAGUCAGUCCCUAGUCUUGCACAGAGUAUGUGGAAGGCCAUUCAGUAUCUGGAACGUAGAAUUCCCUCUUUGACCAAUCCUUAUGCUGUUGCUAUGACCUCCUAUGCCAUGGCCAAUGCUGGCAAAUUCGACAAAGCUCUCCUGAUGAGGUAUUCCUCUGGAGGUGGUGCUUAUUGGGAAGUCACUAGAGGACACCACUUCUCCCUGGAAGCCACAGCCUAUGCCCUGCUGGCUCUGGUAAAGGUGAAGGAAUUUGACACAGCAGGGAAAGCCGUGAACUGGCUCAACAGGCAGACCAGUCCUUAUGGAAGUAGCGGCACCACACAGGCAACUAUCAUGGUCUUCCAAUCUGUGGCUGAGUACUACAAGCAAGUGAGGAGCGCUAAGAAUGUGGAAUUGAAUGUGGAGGUGGCUGUGAGUGGCCAAAGGAAACCCAAGAUAUGGGUUUUCAGAAAGGACAUGGCAAUGCUCACACGUUCAGACAAGGUUCAGCUCAAGCAGGAAUUUACUGUUACUGCUAAAGGAAAUGGUGUGGGAUCUCUCAAAGUAGUAACAAUUUACUAUGCCAGACCCACUGAGAAGGAAAGUGACUGCAAAGAUUUUGAUCUUACUGUUAAGAUGGAAAAACAACGUCAUAUAUCAUAUCCAGGUGCUAAAGAAAGUUAUCUGCUCACCAUUGAAACCUUGUAUAAGAGUCGAACCAGAGAUGCCACUAUGUCUAUUUUGGAUAUCGGCCUUUUGACAGGAUUUGUGGUGGAUGAAACUGACCUCACCGAUCUAACCACCGGGAGAGACAAAUAUAUUCAGAAGUUUGAGAUGGAUAAACAGCUUUCAGAACGAGGCUCCCUCAUCCUCUACCUAGAUAAGGUGUCUCAUGAGAUGGUAGAUAGGAUUGCUUUCAGAGUGCACAAGAUCACUGAAGUGGCUAUGCUUCAACCUGCUGGCAUCACUGUGUAUGAGUACUACUCUCCAGAUAAACGCUGUACAAAGUUCUACCACCCUACCAAGAAAGACGGAGCUUUGAGCAGAUUGUGCAAUGAUCAACAGAAUCUGUGCCGUUGUGCUGAAGAAAACUGCAGCAUCCAAAAGAAACAGAAAAUUGGUGAAAAAGAUCGUAAGAAAAAGGCUUGUGAACCUGGCUUGGAUUACGUUUACAGAGUCAAAGUUGUGAAGACUGACCUGACCCCAUACACAGACUACUACACCAUGAAGAUUGAACAGGUUCUGAAAGAAGGCACUGAUACAGGCGUGGAAGGACAAGAGAGAAGCUUUAUGGGUCACGCUAACUGCAGAGAAUCUUUUGGAAUAGAGAAAGACAAGACAUACCUCAUCAUGGGCCGAAGCGUUGACCUACCAAAGAUAGAUGGAAGGCUGCAGUACAUCCUGGGUGAGCAGACGUGGAUUGAAUACUGGCCCACAAGAGAAGAAGGUCAAACUCAAACCUACAGGGAGAAAUAUGUGGGUGUCACUGGACUCGCUCAGUAUCUCACCACCUUCGGCUGUACUACAUAAAUGUGGCCAUUGACAUUGAAUGAGUCAUUAUUUCUGCUGAAUAUUCCACAAGCUUUUCUUUGCUUUUGCUUUUACUAUGCCUCCAAAUUUGCUCAAGAGAAAGAAUAUGAUAUCAAAUAAUAUCUUUCUGGUAUGUCAUACCUGAAGAAAGCCCUUAAAUAAACUUUCUGAAAGCAAUGUA